AUGCUGGCACGUACUGUUUUGCGCAGCGUGCCCUUCCGGGGCGUCGCACGCCAGUCCUUGAACAAGACCUCCACGCGUGCGUCUUCCUCCGCCGCCGGUGCCGAAUCCGCCAGCUCCCCCUUCCACCUCACACUCACUGCGUCCGCCGCAACCGCCGUCGCUCUCGGAUCCGCCGCGUAUCUCUAUGGCCAGGAGGCUUUUGCCAUGACACCUGCUGAGGAGGGAUUGCACCCUACCGCUUACCCUUGGGAGCACGCCAAGUGGAACAAGACCUUCGAUCACCAGGCCCUCCGUCGUGGUUUCCAGGUCUACCGUGAAGUCUGUGCCAGUUGCCACUCCCUGACCCGUGUGCCUUGGCGCUCGUUCGUCGGUGUCAUGCACACCGUCGAUGAGAUGAAGGCCAUGGCCGAGGAGAACGAGUACGACACCGAGCCCAACGACCAGGGCGAGAUCGAGAAGCGUCCCGGAAAGCUGUCCGACUACAUCCCUGCUCCCUACAAGAACGAGGAGGCUGCUCGUGCUGCCAACGGUGGUGCUCUGCCCCCGGAUCUCAGCUUGAUCGUCAAGGGCCGUCACGGUGGCUGCAACUACAUCUUCAGUCUGCUGACUGGUUACCCCGAUGAGCCCCCGGCUGGUGCCACCGUCGGUGCUGGCAUGAACUUCAACCCCUACUUCCCCGGUACCGCCAUUGCCAUGGGUCGUGUUCUUUUCGAUGGUGUUGUUGAGUACGAGGAUGGCACCCCCGCCACUACCUCCCAGAUGGCCAAGGACGUUGUCGAGUUCCUCAACUGGGCUGCCGAGCCUGAGAUGGACGACCGCAAGAAGAUGGGUGUCAAGGCUAUCACCCUCUUGACCGGUCUCUUCGCCAUCAGCGUCUGGGUUAAGCGUUACAAGUGGUCCCCGAUCAAGACGAGAAAGAUUGUGUACAGCCCCCCCGUUUCCCGGCGCUGA